AGCGUACUUCCAUUUUCUCGUUUCUCUCGACGAGUCUUGAGCACGUGUUUAGUUAUACCGGUUGCAUUGUUCUCGAAUUUUCAGUUUAAGAUUUGACACAAGUUUUAACCAGAGACUUUGUCCUUUACUAGAGUUAUUUCUAUUUUUUGGAAUACCAAACAAUAUGAAUCCUGAAAAAUUGAAGAAGUUGCAAGCUCAAGUGCGAAUCGGUGGAAAGGGAACACCCCGUCGUAAGAAGAAGGUUGUGCACGCAACUGCAGCAACUGACGACAAAAAACUUCAAAGUUGUCUUAAAAAACUCUCUGUCAAUACAAUUCCUGGAAUUGAAGAGGUUAAUAUGAUUAAAGAUGAUGGAACCGUCAUUCAUUUUAAUAAUCCAAAAGCCCAAGCGAGUCUUGCCGCGAAUACAUUUGCCAUUACUGGUCAUGGUGAAAACAAGCAAAUUACCGAAAUGUUGCCCGGAAUUUUAAGUCAGCUUGGACCUGAAGGAUUGACUCAAUUGAAGAGAUUGGCAAGCACCGUUGCAGGCAGCGGAGUUGGCAAAACUUCCCUAGAAGAAGAUGAUGAUGUUCCCGAUCUCGUGGAGAAUUUCGAUGAAGCCAGUAAAGAAGAGGUGGCAUUGAAGAAGGAACUCGAAGAAAUUGUCACCGAUAAAUCAGCAGCAGAGGACAAAAAUGAUACCUCGGCGGGGAACGCUGAUGAAAAAAAAGAAGCCCCAUUGGCCAAGGUCGAAGUCUAAUAAUGUGAUGAGUGUGAGUUUUUUUUUGUAAUUAUUCAAAUUUCAAAUAGUGACAGUUCUGGAAUUUAAAAAAAAAAACAGAGCAAAAGUGUAAUUGACAUUUGAAUGUUUUACAGGUAUACAGUAUGACUUAUAAUUUUAAUGAUAACUUACAAAAAGUAUCAACUAUUUUGAAGAAGAUAAUUUUUGCCCUCUGCCAUUGUGUUUCCCCCCUGCUGUAUUUGAAUUCCCGUUUGUAUUUUUAUCAGAUUUCUUUUUAACCGCAUUUAUGGAAAAAAAUGUGCGUUUAACGUAAAAAGUUACAACGCGCACAAAAUGUAUACAAUUAAGUGAUGCAAACAAAAAAACCGAUAAAAUGAAAAUUAUAACAUCAAUUGCAUUUUGAUUUUUCAAACAAUAUUUAUCAAGGAAAAAAAACUUGUUACUAUGUGUAUAUCAAAUAAUCUAUUCUUUUUUGUAGUAAUAACAAUGAAAAAAAUAGUA